AUGUAUAAAACGGAAGGUUGCGGCGUUGAAAAUACCAGUUGUUGGUUACUUUGGUGGAAUCAUGGCGUUGCUCAAGCACCGCUCCCCGUGUCUCCUUUUUGCGCUCAUACUUCUGAUCAACAAGUAUGCGGAGUUGGCAGAAGCUGUCUCAGUUGAGCAGGGAAGUAAUUCAGAGCUCAACACGCAAGCAAGAUUCAACGACACUGGUCUCAACGAAACACUUUUGAAAGUGGAUGCAGAGGAACAACCCGGCGACGAACCGACGGAAAAAGUUGACGAUACCCAACCGCGGCUUGUAGUAAGGCGUGUAACACCCGACAUGGAACUUGACGAUGAAGACUUACGCACUGGGAACAUUAUUGGGGACAACUAUUCGUACCUUUACGGCACGUACCGGACUCAAGGCCACUAUCUCCGUAUUGAAAAUCACAAAGGUCUUCGGCUAAUCGUAAAAAGUCCCAAUAAAGAACAAAGUAUCCGGGCAAAAUUAGGUGUUGUUAAAAUCAAUGGUAAAACCGUGUGCACGGAUAGUAGAUCAUUACCCACUCAACCAACGUACCAGAAAACCCCGGAUGGAGCCAUGUGGUACACGAAUCUCUCAUUGGGGUCACCGAUGUCGCCGAAGGAGAUCGAGGAGUUCAAGGCUGAGGAGGAGCUAAGGCAGAAGAAGGAUCGCAGGAGAGAGAAUAAGUGGGGAAAGAGCGAGAAAGCAGCGGCAAAAGCAGAGCGGAGGGCGAGGAAAAGGGCUCAAAAGGAACUCAAAAGGGCAGUAAAAUUGUACGAGAAAUCCACGAGAGGCUCCGAGAGUGAAUCUGAUGACGAAGACAGUGACUGGGACGAUUGAGGAAUUUUGGUUUUGUUUCGAUGAAUGUUCCUUGCUGACAUUUCUGUCCGAGGAAACAUUCAGUUUUCAGCUAAUACACUAUUAAAGCAUGUAGAAAAAUU